AUGACAUCCACACCGAAAUGUCAUGAGAAUCUGGAAAUUGCCAAGACUGCUAACAGUGAUAACCGGCUGCAAACGCUAGUCCAGACAUUCAAAUAUUCUUCUGAAGGCAAUGCUGCAGAAUUGGAACAAAGUUAUCAUGGUAGAAAAACUAGAGUAUGGGAAUGCACUAGUGCUCCUAGACAGAUUAAAAUCUUACGAGUUAUGAAUAAUUUCUUAUUCAAUCAAACCGAAGUUGAGAAUAUAAGAACUAUUUUAUAUUCUGAUGGAAUUGCUAUUUUUAGUGGUAAGAAGAAUAAUGAGGGAAUGUUAGGAAUUGCUGAAGUGAAAUUCCUUAAUACUGAGGACUACACUAAUUUGAAAUUUGAGGGUGCAAUUGAAUUUGAUCAAUCAUCGGGAAAUUCAAACCUACAUCCUACCGAGCUGAGUGAGACGAAGAUUCAAGAUGUCAAUUAUAUUUUGAAUGACAAUGAGCUCUUCAGAGUUCACCCAUUCACCUAUCCUGCACAACCUGGACAAUCUCCAAAUAUUAUAUAUACUCUGGAAAUCAGAGAACCUCAUCCCGGUAUGAAGUCAGAUGAAGACAAAGAAGGCACAAGAUUUCAAACGUUGAUAAGGUGUAAUGAAUUAAAGAGAUCUCUUCCUAAAGAAGUAAGAAAUGACGUGAUGAGACCAAAAGUCAUUAUCCUACAAAGUAAAGGUGUGGAGAGAAAGGUUCUUCCGCAUACAAUAACUAAGUUGAAAAAUUACUUUGAUGACAUAAAGCAGAAAAUAUGGGAAUGUAAAGUACUUCCACAGGGAACAGCAACUCUCUACAGAGUACAGACUCGAAUGAAAUCGAAACAAGAUGAGAAGAUAAGAGAGAUCUUUUAUCAAAAUGGAGUGAAAAUUCAUGAGGACUACAACGAUCGGAGACAUCUCAUUGAAAUUACCUCAUAUUUUGAGAAGACUUCUAAAAACGGAAAACCAGCCUUUAUACCAGUUAAAUUUGAGGGUCUUGUGAUUCUCCCCUUCGAUGAUCUGAAGAAUAAAUUCAUGGAUUAUGAGGGGAAUUUUCAUAACCAUCUCGAUGAACCAAUUUUCCAAUUCUCUCCUCUCAGUAAGGAGACUGGUGUAUCUUACCUAGUUCAAUCGGAGUUCACUACCACGAUCGAUAACAGUGCUGGUGAAAUUAUUGUAACAUGUGUGAAGUAUUCAGACGAAAAUACCAAACCGAGAACUAUGCAGCCAAGAAUUCUAGUUAAGAAAAUUAAUAGAAAUGACCAUGAAAAUGGAAAAUGGCAUGAGGUAGAUCGGAAAACAAACAAUGAUGGCAUUCUUUAUGAGUCAUAUGAGAUGUGGUCCUGCUACUAUAAGGAAUAUCAUUUUCUCAGAGUUGUGAAUAAAAUGAUUAUGGAAGACAACGUUCGUGUUUAUCAUCAAGAUGGAGUGGAAGUACAAAGAUUGAUUCUCCUUAAUGGCAAAGAAUUUAUUCAAAUAAAGCAUGAGAGAUUCUUAAAAGAAACACAGGGAUAUGUUGAUAAAAUUAAGUACAUUGGAAGGCUGCAACUAGAAAUACAGACUCUACCAGGGCUUGAGAAGAUGCUUAGCUCUCCACCAUUCAACAUUCAAGUUUUGGGAAAAGAGUGUUAUGUAUACACAACUGCAAACUUGAGAGCUAUGGGAUACAGAACCUACCCCGAAGAUGACAAAACAAAGUAUAAUCCAAGAGUUGCAGAGUACAUAGACCAGAAGCUCUACAUAUUGACUCAAGAUGAAUUUGAUGAGAUAUUCACAAUCACAAGUGUGCGCACUUGGUUUUGCACUGACAAUACUGCAAGAAAAAACCGGAAGAUCUGUUGGAGUUUUUUAUUCAAGCAGAAAUAAAGAGAAGCACUAAGAAGGGAUGCCUAGGUUGUUAAUGUAAUAACUACAU